AAAUUCUCGCUUUCACUUGUGUCACGUGCGCUAAGCUCUAAAUAUAGAAAACGGUGGGGGUGACCAAACAUGCAAGCACAGCCUGACCUACAUAGCAACAUUUUUUUUUUGUUCAGUUGCUCUGAACUUUAAUGUGUUGUGUUUGACUCCGAUGCAAACCUUAAGGCAACGAGUACAGCCUCGGGCUAAACUAUUAUACAUAGUAAGAGUGUCAGGUUCUGUCCGGUGGAAAAAUAUGCAACAUGUGUAGUGAGUUGAGCUUCGUCUGUGGUGACAAUAGAUGCAUUCUAAACAAUUUCGUCUGUGAUUUAGAUGAAGAUUGUGAAGAUGGUAGUGACGAGCUCAACUGUCCAAAUGACUGCAGUGGAGCAAACCAGUUCAAAUGUGACAAUGGGAAAUGUCUUGGCAAGUCUAGGACGUGUAACAGACAUAACGAUUGUGGCGAUAACAGUGAUGAAUCGUACAAUACAUGUUAUGCGGCAUCUCAUUUUGGAUAAGAAGACUAAUCACCAGGAAAGAAAACACCUUCAUUUAUAACAGACUUCCAAUGGAGCCUAAAUAGUAUUUAAGUACAUAUUGUCUAAUAUGUUUAAAAUGUAUGUAUUUUUUAAAAUAAAGUUGAUUAGAAAUAUAUAUGUAUGUGUUGGAAGACUGUGUCUUAUGACAGAGAGUGUCAUACAAACAAGAAACACGAUGACUUGUUUAAAACAAAGAAUGUUGGUGCCAGAUCUAUAACAACAAACUAUCGGUGACUUUUUAUGAAUUCUGCAUUUUAUCUCUGUCUCUCUCUCUCUCUCUCUAAGUCAGGCAGGCCUUAAUUAUAGUACCUCCAUUAAAGAAGUACCCUACUUCCCUUAAAAAAAGUACUCAUAGUACCUCCAUUAAAGAAGUACCCUACUUCCUUUAAAAGAGUACUCAUAGUAACUCCAUUAAAAAAGUACCCUACUUCCUUUAAAAAAGUACUCAUAGUACCUCCAUUAAAAAAGCACCCUACGUCCUUUAAAAAAGUACUCAUAGUAGUACCUCCAUUAAAGAAGUACCCUACUUCCUUUAAAAAAGUACCCAGACCCGUGUUUAAAGUACUCUUGACACGCUUUUGUUUUUUCCAAAGUUCAAUUGAUUUGUAACCUUCGGUCCCUGUCAAUGUUUACAGUGACAACAAGACCUGUCCCCACCAUCUGCUCCCCUCACAUACAUCAACACUUGCUUGUUGCAAUUAGAUCUUUGUAUUCUGUCUAUCUGUCUUGUCAAGCUUGAGGUGGUGAAGAUUAUAGCCAAUACACGCCAGUUGUGUCACAAAGUUUCCCGGGACUUGUUUUUUUUUUUUUUUGUAUAAUAAACCAGUGCUGGUUUUUUUGAUAAUAUAAAAAUAUUUCACACAAAUUCUGCCUUUCAUGUGAAUAAUUCAUUGUUACUCAUUUGAAUUGAUUUUGUUCAUUUUUUUAAUGCAUUACAACUAUUAUAAAAAUAAAAAAACAACAACAAAAAACAACAGCAAAUUAUUUGCCUUUAUAUUUAAACAAAUUGUACAUAAUUUAAUUACAUUGCCGAGCUGAGAUUCUGGAAUACAAUCAUAAAUGAAAGCACUGAUUUAUAUAACCACUGGGAUGGUAGCGAAUCUUGUGAUUCUCUUCUACUACAUGCCUGAUAUCAGAGUCAAGCCAAAGGAAGUCGAAGCAGUUUCAACAUCUAUAUCCAAUGAUUGGUGGAUCAUUGUUGAUGCUGUCAAUGGUCAGUGCACAGAUGUGUCAGCACUGACCAAGCAAGUCAACUGGAGGACUGUGGUCGUGGUCGACAAGUAUCAACCUGUUCUUGAUUGCAAAUCUCCAAUGUGUCUGCAACUAACUUGGGACUAUGUGAGAACUGAAAUGAGCCACUUCUCCACCACUGGACUUCUCGAUGGACCUUCCAAGCUCUCUGGCUUCCUGUACGCCAUACAGAACGGCGCCACCAUUCUUUUUGACGCAGACUGUGACACAAGACUGGACAAUAUUACCGACAGCUUUCAUUUACUAAAUGAUCAACAAUCAGGUUUAUGGUACAACGGCACAAAUAGUUUUAACCCGUUUAGACAUUGGGGACUAGAAGAUGUUUUCUCUUUGGAAUCCAAACAGAGCAACAAUCUCUCUACCAGCUCACACCAGGACAUUCAUGAUUUUAUUGUAACCGAUGUUAAGUCAUUGCCGAUAAGACAGGGUGUUAUCGUUUCUGAGAAAACAUGCUUCCAGAGAUCCAAGUCAAACACGGGACAUAAACAUUUAUUCUCUCAAAAAACACCAAUCGUGUCAGGGUUUCCAUCAUUUGCACCUCUAAGUACAGGGCCAGCCAUCUUUUUAAAAGAGGCGUUUCUGUUUCUGUUUAUUCCACCAUCAGUGAGCAGUGAAUCAGGUCAACUGUUUCGUUCUUUAUGGAUGCAUGCUUUAAGAAGUAUCUGCAACCUUCCCAUCGCUUAUUAUCCUGAGCCUCUGCUUCAACAGAGUGGGUCUCAAUUUCAGUGCGCAAUACUUAACGAUAACAACGGCGGUGCUUCGGCCACUAACGAUCCGGUCUCGGAGUGCAUGCCCAUGCAGACAUGCAGCACUGCAGAUGUAGCGUGUUACUUUAUGAUAGCUCAGCAGAUACUUCACUGCAUGAUUCCUUUCUUUGCCUCAUUUACCAACAUCAACAAAUUGGUGGCCUACACCGAGGCGUGGGUGCGUGAUAUGGUGUUUUUACGUUGCCACAGAACUCACGUCUACAACGUUCCCUCCGGGAUCUUAAAUAAAAUACAUUAUCAAAUUCCACAUCAGGUCAAAAAAUUUACAAAUUUGUCUCAAAAGGAAACAGAAAAUGUGUUUAGAUCAGUGAACUCGCUGUGUGGAAUAAAACAAGACCAAAAGCCAAAGCUAGUUAGGGCAAUGUCUAGUCCCCAGGUCACUGAUGUUGCUUUGAUAGUCGUUAUGAAUUACAAGCAAGUCUUUCAGUCUCUUGGUUUUACAGAGUUUGUCCACAGACUAUAUUUUAAGUACAUCAUCUACUGCGUCCCGUCUUUCUCUGGAUUCGAAAGUUAUACGGAAAAAGAGGACAUGACCCACAUCACGUACAUUGAUGGAGUGGCUGAUGGUUGGGAAUUCUUUUACCGUUGUACGGAGAUUGUAAUGAAGCUCAGGAUGCCAGUUCAAGGUUACCUGCAGAUUGGUGAUGACGUCCUUCUGAGUCCAUGGAAUCUCGCCAGUCUACCAAGAAAUGUUAUGUGGGUGAACAACCAAAGAGGGAAGGUACAUCUACAUAAGAUUCAGACGUCUUUCGCCUGGGAACAUUGGAACAAGGAAUAUGGACAAAGGGCUAUUGUCAAUGUGUUCCAUGAGAUGAAAGCUGUUGCGAAUUCAUCAUCCGUAAAGAAACCAAGAGUUGCUGAUUUUUCUAGAGCAUUUCUAAAGAAUGUCGCUGAAAAUCUUGGUGCUGAUUACGUUCUGUACGGAAAUACGGAUAUUUUUUACGUUCCGGAUAGACUAAGCCGAGAGUUUAUCGUAGCCGCGGAACUGUUUUUCAGACAUCGGUGCAUGACUGAGAUUGCGUUGCCUGUCAUACACGUUGGACUGACAAAACCAGAUCAAAUUGUAUACAUUCCAGGAGUUGUUUUAUGGGGGUCCAACAGGUCAGUUUCUUGGCGAUAUUUUAGAAACGAUCCUUCGGCCUUUAUUCACCCAUUCAAGUGGUUGUCUCUUUCUAAGAAGAAAGAAGGAAGAUCAUUUCUGUGCAAUAAAUAUUUACAUUUACUAGAAGCGAAAAUUAUACAUUAAUUAUUAUAGCUUGAAUUAAGACAAUGUAUGUCUUUUAAUGUUAUAGAAAUAGAUGAAAGAUGUGUAAAUUUCACUUUUAGACUUAAUGAAUAAAUUAAAAAAAACAACAACACUUUUGUUGUAUAUCUUAAGCCAAUAUGUACAAUUCUAUACACACUUUAAUUAUUUACAUUCCUAUUAUAUAAAUAUCUUACAACUGACA